CCUUCUCGGCUGCCCUACUUAUACCGGCUAGGCUAGUCGGUGGCUAGUAGCUUUUAGCUACUGCCUUCUAAUUAAAGUUUGUCCGAGGAGCCAAAACAGCCAAGUGUGUUCAGUCAACGACCAGACAAAUGAGAGGGGUCCUCUUCCUCGAAGUCCGCCAUGUUGACACACCAAUUUUUGUUGGAGAAUAUGGUUGUGAAUCUCUGUCUGCCACACUUUAAUACAACAGUUCAUUGCAACAAGCUGUGUGCAGAUGGCUAUGAUGUCACAAACCUUGUGUCGUCCGACCCUGCUCUUCGGAGGCGGGGCUUCAAGCUGGAAUACUUCCUACGUCCGCCCGUCCAGGUGACAUUGAAGUUUGGCUUCCAGGUUGAGCUUUGCAGGGUGGACGUUGAGCUGUGGCCAUGGGGUAUGGACCGAGGACAGGCCUGCAAGAGACUGGAGAUCAGUACCAGCUCUGAUCGGCUACCAUCCCAGAAUUUUCAUCAGGGCCACAAAGUGACUCAGCAAAAGGAACAAGUGCAGAUGCAGGUAAAGGACCAGAAUGAACAGAACAGAGAAAAACAACAAAAGCAUGGCAGUAAGUCUCGCCAAACUUAUGGCCACCAGUGGAGUCUGCAGGCCCAACAGUGGGGAGAAGAGGCUCCAUCCAUGCCUCAAAAAAGUGGUCAUGUGUUCAAGUGUCAGUCAAAUACUGAAUCCAAUAAUCCUGAACCAGAGUUUAAACUGGUAGGUCGUUGCGAACUUAGGGAGGAGACCCCAGUCUGUUUCACACAUUCAAAUUUUCGACCCCGGCCCCCAUUCCCCUCGCCACCUUCUCCACAACCUGCAAACUGUCGGAAAGAAGAUCUGUGGAGCCGAGGUCUGCUCUCAUUAGGGGCUGUGACACAACUUCGUGUGACUUUGCCAUUUGGCGGUGCGGCGUCUGCUAUGGGGCUUAAGGCAUUGGUCGUGUGGGGACAACCUGCACGCUGCUGCCCUGCAGAAGAAGUGGAAGCAAUUAAAAGAGUCCAUGAGGCCAGUCAGAGACAGAUGCCACGGCCUGUACUGUUUGCCUCUUCCAUCAGCCAAACAAAACCACCACCGCAGGCCGCCACACCUCCAAGCAAUGUUUCCAUCCCAGAGGAGUUCCUUGACCCAAUAACCCAGGAGAUAAUGAUGCUCCCCAUGCUACUGCCCAGUGGUGUGUCAGUGGACAACACCACACUAGAGGAGCACCAGAAGAGGGAAGCCACUUGGGGUCGACCCCCAAAUGACCCCUUCACUGGUGUCCCAUUUACUUCAUCCUGCCAGCCUCUUCCUAACCCCCAACUGAAAAGCCGAAUUGACCGCUUUAUCCUGCAAAAAGGGAUGAUUAGGAGGGACGGGAUGUUGGGGAGACAGGGGGAAGGAGAGAAUCCACAGGCCUCUAGACUUCUAUCUUCCAAGAUAGAUGGACAGUCCCAGAACUCUCCAUGUCUCAGUAAAAACCACACUGUGACAGAAAAAACUGCACAAAUAAAAGAAACUGGAGCAGGACAUUCAUCAGAUAAUGGGAACACACCAAACACAUUAAACUGCCAGCCUCGAACCACGAGUAGUAACUCAGAAUCAGAGAGAAGAAAGAAACGAGAUGCAAGUGAAAUUUCCAAGGAAUCAACAGAAGAGUCCACAGCUGAGAAACAACUAUUACCUCUGACAAAAAGACCAAGAAAUGAUGCAGUAUCAGUCCCCAGCUGCACCUCUCAUGAGCAGCGUUUGUCAGCCAGCCUAGACGAGGCACUCUUCUCUGCUCUGCAAGGACGCCCGUCCUUCACCUCAAACUUGUCCCAACAGAGAUUAGUUAUACCUGCCUCUGAAUCACCAAACACCUCACACGGUUGUCUGACUGCAGGCACUCCAAGUAUGCCAACAGGUGAGAAGAUGUGUUCUGCAUGUUCCUGCUCGGUAUCUGUUUACUCCAAGUCUGCAUCAUCCAUCUACCGUCUAACCUGCGGUCACUUGCUCUGCCAUUCCUGUCUACGGAGGGACUCGCAACCACCAAACUCUGUCACCAGAUCAACAUCCAAUCACAUCUUGUGUCCUGCCUGCCAAAGCCAUACACCACGCGGUGACAUCAUACGUGUGCAUCACUGACCAAUGUUCCAAAAGGCAAACCUACGCAAUCAAAGCCUGUAAAGAAUAGAGGGCUGUUCUCAAGGUGAAGCUGGGCGUGUUACGACCAUCUUAAGGUGGACAAACAAAUGUUUCAGCUCAAGGUUACAGAUCCUACACAGAUUAUAUUUAUAAAUUCCUCUUUGAUACUACCUCCACCCCUGUCUUUAAUAUGCGGAAUGUCUUCUCAUAUGUAUCAUACUGUUUGUAUGAUGGUUAAUAGAUUAUAUAAUAGCUCAAAUUUUAUUAUUCAUCCUUCAUUUCUGAUGUUUUGUAUCGUUGUUGUGUUCCCAUACAAGGUUAGUACCAUAUGUCUAGCACUGAAUUAUUUUUCUUGGACAUUUUCUCCUGUUUCCACUGUUUUCUACAGUCAUAGAAAGGACAUCACUGAAAGCAAAGACCUUAAAACUUACUUUAAAAAAAAAAAAAAGUCUUGUUCUCCUCUUGUCCACCCCCUCUCCCUGUCUUAGCCUUUUCAUCAUGCAUUGCAAGCGUAGUGCAGCCUUGGUUCUGCAGCCAAAGAAAAGGUUGGCAGACAUAAGUACUGAGAGCAAGAGGCCAGAAGAAUUAAAGUGGAAAUUGAGUUGACCCAAGGCUAUGUGGCCUUUGUGGAGAAGCAUUCACCUUUUUACAUACCCUCCGCUCUUGUAUAGAUUGUGUUGUGUUAAGCAGGUAAAUGCAGGAAGAAAAUAUAAUAAUCAGCACAUUGUUGAUGUUGAUGUUGUCAAGCAGUAUUAAAAAGCUGAAUUUCUUUCCUAUUUUGACUGUUUUUUCCCUCCUUUACA